ACACUCUUUCACACCCACAGCCAAUAGUCUAUAUUUGUAAGUAUUUUAAAGCUGACGUGGUAAUGUCAGAGUCGGUCAAUAAACAAAUUGUUUUUAAAACACCAUCUCAUACAUCUGGAUCUUCCACCGUUGGAUCAUCAUCAUACAACCUGUGGGCUGUGGCCCUCUAGUGCAAUUUUAUUUAUUUCUUUAUUUAUCAAGGCUACGGGCCAACCAAACCAUUUCCCGCCAUGUUCAACCUCAGCACUCCAUUCCUAGUUCCCCCUUUUCAAUUCAACGCAAAAAUCCCCCAAAACCCUAACUCUAGAUUCAACAACCCCUGCCAAUUGAAGCCGGCAUCCAAUAACAUUUGCAAAUCCGAGUGUCGGACCGAAAGGGGUCUCGAAUUCCAGACCGGCGACACCUUCUUUCGCCACGAGAGCGCUACGGGUCGAGACCUAGGCGUGCUCGCCGCCUCGCUCUACAAGAAAUCCAAAGGUGAAUUGAGGGUUCUUGAUGCGUUGUGCGGUUGCGGGAUCCGAUCUCUUCGGUACCUCGUUGGAGCUGAGGCUGAUUUCGUCUGGGCGAAUGACGCAAACGACGAGUACAGGAGGAUCAUCUCGGAGAAUCUAUCUCGGGUGGUUCAGAGGGGUUUGGACGACGAGCGGAGAUGGACGGUGACGCACUUCGAUGCGAAUCGGGUCAUGGCGGAGUGUUACCUGCAAAGGGAGUAUUUCGAUUUCAUUGACGUGGAUUCGUUCGGAAGCGAUUCGUCGUUUUUGAGGUCGGCGAUGAACGCUCUGAAAUUGGAUGGGUUGCUUUAUGUUACUUGUACCGAUGGAUACACAUCCGGUGGUCACCGGCCUUGCCAAUCUUUAGCUGCAUAUGGGGCUUAUGUUCGCCCAAUGCCGUAUUCGAAUGAGGUUGGUUUGCGGAUGCUUAUAGGCGGAGCUGUAAGGGAAGCUUCUGUGCUAGGCUAUCGCGUCACACCCCUAUUUUCGUACUACUCUUACCAUGGACCUGUUUUUCGAGUCAUGCUCCAGUUGAACCGGGGGAAGCUUGUUGAUCAUAGGCAUUAUGGUUUCAUAGGCUACUGCCACAGCUGCGGAAGCUCUCAAGCCUUUUCAUGGGAUGAACUAGGUCAUAUGAGUUGCCCCUGCAGUGAUUCAAAGGUUUCCAAAUCCCUUGUGGUUUCGGGGCCCCUUUGGACGGGACCUCUUCACAAUGCUGCCUAUGUCACGCAAAUGCUUAAUUUGGCGGAGCAAUGGGGUUGGGUGGGCAAUGUCAAUGGAGAUGAACUUGAGAAACUUUUGAAACAGAUGGUAGAUGAAAGUGAUCCCAAAUUGUCAUUUGGAUACAUCAAGUUGGAUGAGGUGGCAAGCCGUGCCAAAAUAAAUUCUCCACCCCUCCGGAUCAUGAUGAGCGCCAUGCACCAGACUUGGAUGAUCAUAGGAUGAUCACAUGGGAAUGCUUUUUGGUGUGCGAAGAUGAAAUAUACACCGAGUUGGAUUCGUGCAGGAAGGGUACGUAGCUAGCAGGUCACACAUUUCUCCCAAUGUGAUCAAGACAAACUGUCCCAUGGCAGUAUGCAUGAGAAUUGCCAAGAAACUUCAGAAUUCCUGCACUGGUGAAUGAUUUGGCAGGUGUAGUUAUACUGCUCAACAAACUGUACGUCAAAGCGACACCUAGUUUUGUUGCCAGCACAUUUAUCCACGAUGUGCAACGUUCAAUGGAAGGAGAUUCGAUUCCGCGUCCAUUUCUACAAUCUGGAGUCCAUUUCUUGUUUGAGAUUCGACAGAUUAAAAAUCAUAGAUGGAUGAAAAUGAUUCUGAAUCGAUACUAAAAUCAUCUCAGAUCUCUCGCAUACCAUAAUUGAAGUACCUUAAAUUUUGUUUUAAGGCACGGUAUGCCCGGCAGCUCUAAUGUGGGAGGGACAUGUUAACUUUCCAUCAUCCAAAUGCAAUCAGGCCUGCCUUGACAGAUAUUAA